AUGGCUUUUUUCAAUGCUGACAGAUUAGCCAUCAUAUUUGGCCUCUUGGGCAAUAUAAUAUCUUUUCUCGUAUUCUUGGCGCCACUGCCAACGUUUUACAGAAUUUGUAGGAAGAAAUCGUCGGAAGGGUUUCAAUCAAUACCGUAUUCGAUCUCAUUUUUCAGCGCAUCGUUGUUGCUUUACUACGCUUACCUUAAAACAAAUGCUUAUAUGAUCGUUAGCAUUAAUGGUAUUGGUUGUGUGAUUGAAGCACUUUACAUCUUCCUCUAUAUACUAUAUGCUCCAAAGAAGGUCAAGCUAUUCACAAUGAGAUGGAUUCUCCUGUUCAAUGGUGGAGGUUUGGCAGUGAUCAUGUUAGUUUCUCUACUUGUUGUACAUGGCUCAAAGAGGGUUACUUUAGUAGGAUGGGUUUGCGCCAUUAUCAACAUUGCUGUAUUUGCCGCUCCUUUAAGCGUUAUGAGACAAGUUAUUAGAACAAGAAGUGUAGAGUUCAUGCCAUUUGCACUAUCAUUUUUCCUCUCCCUUUGUGCUACAACUUGGUUUUUCCAUGGAUUCUUCAUCAGGGACUACUACAUUGCAUUGCCAAAUAUUUUGGGACUUCUAUUAGGAGUUACUCAAAUGAUCUUGUACUUCAUCUACAAAGACAAAAAGCAAUCAUGUGUACAAGCAAAUUUUGAGGUGGAGAAGACUGCCUCAAAUUCCGGAAAUGAUAUUGAAAUGAAUAUGAAUUUUGAUGCAAAUGUAAAGAAAGGUGUCGACACAAAUUUUGCGCUUGAGGAAAAUGUUUCGGACUUAAAAAAUGAUGACGAAAUGAAAAUGGAUUUUGACAAGGGCACCAAGAUUAUUUCAACAAGGGAACUGCUAUUUUAA